AUGGCAUUCAACGAGUAUCGAGCGGUCCAAUUGAACAAGUUCCUUGGAUCCAUUGCAUUUGGGAAAUCCUCCAUCACUAAUGCUGAUCGUGCGAAGCUGUUUUUGGAAGCUCUAUGCGCACAAGACGACCGUGUAACCUGUGUGGAGAGACUUUUUGCAAAGCAACCAUCUCUUGACGCGCUUCGUCGAGCUCUGAGGCUCGACACGUCCAUCAACUACAUCAACCAAUCCAUUGCAGCAUUUCUUGAAUACGUCUCCGACCCUGCCAUCAAACAAAUUUCUGGCGGCCAGUUUCUUCAAGAUAUCCUUGUCAUCAUUGCUGAUCCUCCCACUCUUUGGAACGCCUUGAUUAGUUCGCAUAAGAAUGGCUCUCUCAAUGAGAACGCAACGCAUGGUUUUGCUUGGCUCCUUUGGGAGCUUCUCUCGAUGCCUUCUAAUGACAACAUCGAAGUAAUGGAAACCGCGAAAUCUGUAACGAAUUCAAGAUCACUUCUGGAGUCAUCAUCCCAUGAAACUCGCGUUCUCGGUUACAAAAUUCAACACUUCUUGAAAGCUAAAGCAAGUAGCGCAUAUGCCAACCCGGACAGUGCUGGGCCAGGAGGUCGACAUGACAACGACUUCGUUGACUACCGCGAGACAGCAAUAUUUCCCACUGCAGACGAAUUCAUGUCGGACACGCAACCAUUCUACAGACCGGCCGAAGAAAUCGCCCAAGCUGAGCCUGAAAAUCGGGUCGGAAUUCACCUGGAUAACCAGUUUCGCCUCCUUCGGGAAGACAUGCUUGCUGAACUGAGGGACGACGUUCGCAUCGCGACUGGCAAGAAGAAAGGGAGACGGUCUCCUGUCAUCCUUGAGCGCCUCAGUCUUUCUGGAACUGAAUGUGGUGAGCCGAGGAAAUGGAAGCAAUGUGCUUUGAAGCUACACUGCGGACUUGGCAUGGAAAAGUUCGCAAAGAUGUCUGCUGCCGAGAGAAAGACUUACCUCAAAAGCAAUCCACGAUCCCUCAAGCAUCAAUCGUUCGGCUGUUUAUUACAAGGAGACCAGAUCGUUGCUUUCGCCAUCCUGGAUAGAGAUGAAGCUGGAUUGCUUGAAGAUCCUCCGGCUAUCACCUUGAAGAUAUGCGGAGACGAUGCUUUCAAAACCCUCUUGUUGGCUUUGAAGGGAACAACGCCAGUUGACUAUAUCCAAGUUGACACUCCAUUCUUUGCCUAUGAGCCUGUCCUGCGAUGUCUUCAAGAUAUGAAAGAUAUUCCACUCGCGCAAUUCCUCCUAGGGACAAUUCCAGACGAGGCAUCUCAGACCGCCGUGGCCGUUGACAGCGCACUUGUUGACGAGCUGCGAGCCAAGGGCAGCCCGAUCAUCCAACGCCUGCUUAAAACGGACCAACCUAUCGAUCUCGAUCAAUCUCAGAUGGAUUCUCUCAUCGCUGGGCUCGCACAGUCUGUGAGUUUGAUACAAGGACCGCCAGGAACGGGCAAGUCUUUUAUUGGUGCUUUGAUCGCAAAAGCUUUGUACGAGCACACGAGCGAGACGCUUCUUGUUCUAAGCUAUACCAAUCAUGCACUGGACCAGUUUCUGGAAGACCUUCUGGACAAUGGGAUUCCACCGCAGAGUGUCGUUCGACUUGGAUCGAAAUCUACACCACGUACCGCACCCUUGAACUUAUUCGAGAGACAAAGAACUGGUGGCUAUAAUAAAUCUCGCACCGGGUGGGAGAUAGUCAACAACUUGGAAAUUCUCGUUGAGACCUACCGGACUGAGCUGUCAAUUGAGCUCAAGUCCUAUACCCAGACUGGAGUAUCCUGGAAGGACAUACUUGCUUACCUGGAGUUCAGCGAUGAUGAUGAUCAUUUCUAUUCGGCUCUACUUGUGCCCGAUGAGGAAGAUGGAAUGACUCGCGUUGGCAAGGGUGGAAAGGAAAUCAAACCAGAUUACCUCUGUGACAGAUGGUCGCGAGGUGAGGAUGCUGGUAUUUUCAAAAAGCAAGCCGCGGAACAUUAUGAAAUUUGGGACAUGGACGCGAACUCUAGACUGGAACGUAUGAAACGUUGGACCACCGCUCUGUUGGACGAACAAGCGUCCAAAGUCGCCACUCUAUUUUCACGCUACAACAAAUAUCAGCAGCGUUUGGCACAAGUCCUGGGAGAGAGGACAGCACAGACUCUCAAAAGCAUGAGAGUCAUCGGUUGCACCACAACAGCUGCCGCCAAGUAUGCUUCCGAUCUUCGCAAUGCUGCGCCAGGAACUGUCCUGGUUGAGGAAGCCGGCGAAAUUCUGGAAAGCCACGUUCUGACUGCGCUGUCGCCAAAUACGAAGCAGCUCAUUCUCAUCGGAGAUCACAAACAGUUGCGUCCAAAGUAUAGCAACUACGCAAUCAGCGUCGAGAAAGGCGAUGGGUAUGACCUCAAUCGGUCCAUGUUUGAGCGGCUCGUGCUUGCAGGCUAUCCCCACACCACGCUGUCCAAGCAACACCGCAUGUGCCCUGAAAUCUCAACUUUGGUCAGGCACUUGACGUAUCCCAGCCUUCAAGACGCCGACAAGACACUGAAUCGGACACCGGUGCGUGGGAUCCGAGACCGAGUGGUCUUCUUCAACCACAAUUAUCCAGAAGUCGAUGCCCCAGAGCUUGCGGACCGUCGAGAUUCUGAAUCGAAGACCAGCAAGAGUAAUUCAUUCGAGGUUGACCUUGUGUUGAAAUGCAUCCGCUAUCUCGGGCAACAAGGAUACGGGACUGAUAAGCUUGUCAUACUUACUCCUUAUCUCGGGCAGCUGCGCCUCCUUCGUGAUCAUCUUAUGGUAGAGAACGAUCCGGUUCUCAACGAUCUCGAUUCCUUCGAUCUCGUUCGAGCAGGUUUACUUUCGGAGGCAAGCGCAAAUAUCAACAAACGCCCUAUCAAUAUCUCCACGAUCGAUAACUACCAGGGUGAAGAGAGUGAAAUUGUCAUCGUAUCUCUCACGCGUAGCAACGAAAAAGGCGACAUUGGGUUCAUGUUUUCGCCUGAGCGACUCAAUGUCCUGCUUUCUCGAGCCCGCGACGGACUCGUCAUGAUUGGCAAUGCGCAAACCUUCCUCAAGAGUCGCAAUGCAGGUCAAGCAUGGACGCCAUUCCUGCACUUCAUGAAGGAGAACGGUCAUCUAUAUGACGGUCUUCCAGUCCAGUGCCAGCAGCAUCCGCACAAGAAGGUCCUUUUGAAGACAGCUCGUGAUUUUGACGUUGAAUGUCCUGAUGGCGGAUGUUCGGAGCCAUGCGGAACACAAUUAAGCUGUGGUACUCAUUACUGCCCUUCCAGAUGCCAUCAGCUGUAUGACCACUCCAAGAUGGAAUGCCAGGCAUUGGUUCAGGUUGUCUGUUCACAGAAGCACAGGUCCCAGCGCCUUUGCUCAAAAUCUCAAGCGGCUUGCGCGAUUUGUGCAGAGGAAGAUCGACAGAGAGAACGAAUUCGAAAGCGAAAUGCACAACUCGACGCCGAACGUGAUACCAAGAGGGCUGCUUAUGCACUGCAGCUUGCGGAAAACCAAGCUGAGAUUGACCACCAGAGACGCAUUCUGCAAGAUCACCGUGAGGCUGAAGACUCGGCCAGGGCACUUGAGCAAAAGAAGCAGGACCUAGCCAAUCUUAAAGUAACAGCAAAUAAUCUUGAAAAGCAGCGACAGUCCUCCACCAAACCACAAGUGACGCCUGCGUCUAAGUCGUCGAGCAAGAAAGUGGCUGUGGAGAACGAAGAAGACUGGGCAUCAGCAAAGAAGCAGUGGGAGCAUUUCAAACGUUACGAAGGUGCGGAAAACGAAGCUCUGGAUGAUUUGAUGAGUAUGAUUGGCUUGGAAGACGUAAAAGACAAGUUCCUUUCGAUCAAGUUGGAGGUGGAUACUGCUGUGCGUCAAGGUCUCGAUAUGCCGAACAAACGCUUCGGAGCUUCUUUGUUAGGCAAUCCCGGAACUGGCAAAACUACCGUCGCUCGGCUCUAUGCUAAGUUCCUCACUUCUGUCGGAGCCUUGCCUGGGAGUGAAUUUGUCGAGACGACAGGCGCAGCUCUCGCAAAUGAAGGGGUAUCGGGCUGCAAGAAGAAGCUAGAGGAUAUUCAGAAUAAUGGUGGUGGUGCUUUAUUCAUUGAUGAAGCAUACCAACUGGCAUCUGGCGGUAACUUUGGGGGGACUGCUGUUCUUGACUUUAUUCUCCCGGAAUCGGAGAACUUGACUGGAAAGGUCGUCUUCAUUCUCGCUGGAUACAACAAACAGAUGGAAAAGUUCUUCGCACAUAACCCUGGCUUCCCAAGUCGCUUUCCGCACGAACUUCAAUUUAAGGACUACGAAGACGAUGAGUUACUGAAGAUCCUCGCCCAUAAAAUGAACAAGAGAUACGACAACAGAAUGGAGGUCGAAGAUGGACCAGGCGGUCUCUUCGCUCGCAUUGUUGCCCGGCGCGUUGGUCGAGGUCGAGGACGGGAGGGCUUCGGCAAUGCGCGCGAGAUGGAAAAUACCCUCUCUAAAAUUGCAAGCAGACAAGCGGUCCGAAUCUCGAAACAGAGGCGUGCCGGGAAAAAGCCAGACGACUUCUUUUUCACGAGUGCUGACCUCCUCGGCCCUGAGCCUACCGAAGCGCUGAACAACUCCGAGGCUUGGAAACAGCUUCAGAAUCUCAUUGGCCUGUCGGCUGUCAAGAAGACAGUCCAGGCCUUGUUGGGUACCGUUCAGUUCAACUAUCGGCGCGAACUGGACGAGGCACCUCUGGUCGAGUAUUCCCUCAACAAGGUGUUCCUUGGAUCCCCUGGCACGGGUAAAACCACCGUUGCGAAGAUGUACGGACAGAUUCUGGCGGAUCUUGGGUUCUUAUCAAAUGGUGAAGUUGUUGUAAAGAACCCCUCCGACUUUGUUGGCAACGUCCUUGGCGCAUCUGAGUCUACAACCAAAGGUAUUCUUGCCUCCACGGUGGGCAAGGUUCUUCUGAUAGACGAGGCAUACGGCCUGUGUGGUUCCUUGGGUGAAUCUUCCACCAGCGACCCAUACAAGACUGCAGUGAUUGACACCGUCGUGGCCGAGGUGCAGAGCGUGCCAGGUGAUGAUCGAUGUGUUCUACUCGCAGGCUACAAGGAGCAGAUGGAAGAGAUGUUCCAGAAGGUCAAUCCUGGUCUUAGUAGGAGAUUCCCCCUUGCCUCCGCUUUUGUGUUUGAAGAUUUCAAUGACGGAGAAAUGGCAAAGAUCUUUGACCUCAAGCUUAGGAAAUUGGCAUUCAAGACGACAGAUCUAGGCAAACGUGUUGCGAUGGAUGUGCUACGUCGGGCUCGCAAUCGACCUAACUUUGGUAACGCAGGUGAAGUUGAUAUUCUCCUUGAUCAUGCCAAAGUUAGACAGCAGCAGAGGCUCAAUGAGGGGAACGGUAGUGUUGACCGCUCGCGUUUCGAGCCCAUUGACUUUGACGAAGACUUCGAUCGAGGCGAACGCGCAGAUACAAAUGUCCGUCUGCUCUUCAAAGGCGUAAUUGGUUGUACUGGAAAGACUUCAACUGCGCGCAAAAUGGGCAAAGUCUUCUACGAUAUGGGAUUUCUUGCCAAAGCAGACGUCGUCGAGUGCUCCGCCACCGAACUGGUAGGGUCCUACGUCGGUCAAACUGGACCAAAGGUGCAAAAGGUCCUCGAGAAUGCAUUGGGCAGAGUCCUUUUCAUCGACGAAGCUUAUCGCCUUGCAGGCGAGGGAUUCGCCAAGGAAGCGAUGGAUGAAAUCGUGGAUUGUCUGACGAAGCCGAAGUAUGCUCAAAAGCUUAUUGUCAUUCUGGCUGGUUAUGACGAUGAUAUAAACCGUUUGAUGGCGCAAAACCCUGGUCUCACAAGUCGCUUUCCAGAAGCCGUAAUCUUUCGUGGACUGGAGCCUACUGACUGCCUCGACCUACUAAUUCAGCUGCUGAGAAGCCGUCAGCUCGAUAUGCGGAAGAAAAAGAAAGAUCUGGACUUGUCAACCUUGGAGGUUCCCGCUCCAGACUUCAAGCAGGAAACACUGGACCAGUUGGACACUCUCGGCAGGAUCGCAAAUUGGGCCAACGCCCGUGACGUGCAAACAAUCGCCAAGAGCAUAUUUGGCUUGCUUUUAAAAGCUGGCGCUAUGAAGAAAACCAUUGCCGUCGUCACGGAGGAUCAUGUUCGCACCGUCCUCGACUCCAUGAUCUCCGAGCGUAGCCAGAGGCAAGACGCAGCCAAAAUUCGACCUAGCUCUCUCGACAGUGAUAUGAUGGCUCAGAUGCAAAAUGUCCAAUCACCCCCGCCUCCUCAGACAGCUGCUACUAGUAGCUCCGCUAUGAACACUUCGGAGGCCGAGACUCCUCAACGAUUAGCCAAGGACGCGCCACCAGCGGCCCCGGCAAACGAAAUCAAGCGUGACUCUGGUGUUAGCGACGCUGUCUGGGAACAGCUCCAGCGUGACAAACAAGCGGCCAAGAAGAAGGAAGACCAAUACCAAAAACUCAUCAAAGCAAGCGCUGAUGCAGCAAAUAAUACCAAAAUUCUCCAGCAGAAAAAGCAGGCGUCCGAGCAAGCCUUUCAGCAGGCCAUCGAGCAUAAUAAAGACCAGUUUGUCUUACAAGAAGCCAAGCGGCUUCGCGAAGAGACUCGUCUUCGGCAUGAGAUGGAACGACGUGCUCAAGAAGAGCUUCUUGCAGAACUAGAGAGUCAGCGCAAGGCUGAGGAGGAAGAGCGAAGGAAAGAGGCAAAGGCUCAGCAGCAAUUGAGGACUAUGGGAAUUUGUCCUGCCGGCUUCAGAUGGAUUAAGCAGAAAGGCGGCUACAGAUGUUCGGCUGGUGGUCACUUCGUUACGGAUUCGGAGUUGGGGCUAUGA